GUCAUCGGCUUCUCUCUUUCUCUCUCUCUCUCAAGCUCCGACCUCUGGCAAUGGCGUACGUGGACCACUCCUUCUCGAUCACCGAUGAGGACCUCAUGGUGGAUGGCCCCUAUAUCGUCCGUAACCGGCCUCCGAUCCGCGAGAUCGCCCUCGCUGUUUCACUCCUCGUCUUCGGCUCUCUCGGCAUUGUCAUCGGCGUCUUCAUGGCCUGUAACCAAAUUGGCGGCGACCGCGCCCAUGGGGUUUUCUUUGCGAUCCUUGGAGCUGUGCUCUUUAUCCCUGGGUUCUAUUACACUAGGAUUGCGUAUUUUGCUUACAAGGGAUACAAGGGCUUCUCUUUCGCCAAUAUACCACCAGUGUAAGAGUGAAUUUCCUUAUGAUUUAUGUAUAUGUUUGCUGGUUUCGCGUUUUUUUUUUUAAUCUUUUCCUUAUGAUUUUGAAGUAAUUUUGUACUAAUGUUGAUAUGCUAUGCAAAUGCUUCUGAGUAUAUGAGAAUAAGAUUUGAAAGGUGGCAUUUUGAUUGCUUUUGGUUUUCUAGUGAAUUUCAAGGAUAAAGGGAUUGAUCU